GUAGGGUCCAAGCCACAGAAACCAAGCGUCCUGCCCCUCUUCUCUUCCCAGAGCCAUCCUGCUUCCCAGGGAAGAUGUCAACAUGGAGCAAUGGCAGCUCCGACGUGUCCUACACCAGCUUCCUCCUGGUGGGCUUCCCAGGGCUGCAGGAGUCCCGCACACUCCUGGUGCUGCCCUUUCUCAGCCUCUACCUGGUGAUCAUCUCUGCCAACGCCCUGGUCAUCCACACGGUAGUAGCCCAGCAGAGCCUGCACCAGCCCAUGUACCUGCUCAUCGCCCUGCUCCUGGCUGUCAACAUCUGUGCCGCCACCACCGUGGUGCCCGUCAUGCUGCUCAGCUUCUCCACCCGCUUCAACCGCAUCUCCCUGGCUCGCUGUCUGGUCCAGAUGUUCUGCAUCUACUUCCUCAUUGUCUUUGACUGCAACAUCCUCCUGGUCAUGGCCCUGGACCGCUAUGUCGCCAUUUGCUACCCACUCCGCUACCCCAAGAUAGUGACCCGCCAGUUGCUGGUUGGCUUGGUAGGGGUGGCAGCUGCCAGGAGCACAGGCAUUGUUGGUCCCGUGGUGGGGCUGGCCUCCUGGGUUCGCUUCUGUCGCUCAGACGUGAUCCACCACUUUGCCUGUGAGCACAUGGCCCUGAUGAAGCUCUCCUGCGGGGACAUCUCCCUCAACAAGACUGUGGGGCUCACUAUACGCAUCUUCAACAGAGUCCUGGACAUGCUGCUACUUGGAGCCUCCUACUCCCGCAUCAUCCAUGCUGCAUUUCGAAUUUCAUCAGGCAGAGCACGUUCCAAGGCCCUGAACACCUGUGGCUCCCACCUGCUGAUCAUCUUCACUGUCUACUCCUCCUCCAUGUCCUCAUCCAUCGUCUACCGUGUGGCCCGCACUGCCUCCCAGGACGUGCACAACUUGCUCAGCGCCUGCUACCUGCUACUCCCGUGUCUGGUCAACCCUGUCAUCUAUGGGGCCAGGACCAAGGAAAUCAGGCAGCACCUGACAAUUCUGUUCCAAAGGGCACAUCUGCAGGUCCCCACUGAGAAGCCCUAG